CGCAUAGGUUGCGAUCUGCCUCCGGCACUUUUGAAUACAUAGCAGUGAUAACAGCUUUGCAGAGGUCCUAGGACGGGUGGCCCGCUUAGGGCGCCCCAGCAACAUGGCCUACUCAUACUUAAAUGAUGAUGGCUCACCCGAAACAAGUCAGAAAUGGUCGGAAAUCACCUUUCGGGAUAUCCAAUGGGACACUUAUGCCACAGCUAGGCUUAUCACUGAUAAAGACCUUGAGCUGAUUCGGCGCUAUGACAAACGCUCUCCCGAGCUGAAGUCCUCGAUGUUGGAUGAGUCUGGACCAGCCUAUGUGGAGGCCUUCAUGACAGUGCUCAAGAACGUCACCCAACCGGAUACAGUUCAGUAUGUUCUGGCGUUGCUGAUUCAAAUGCUGCAAGAGAACCCUUCUCGCGCUCGCUUGUUUCACCAACCAAGCGAUCAACAUCUUUCUGCUCAGCCUGACCCUUAUACAGUGCUCGAAAGGCUGCUGCAACGCCAGGACGACUGGUGGUCACAGGACAAAGCUUGCAAGCUCCUAACGAUAAGUAUUGAAAGCCGGCCGCGCAAGGCGGUGGGCGUGGUGAACGGUGCGGGCACCUCAGACGGGGCGGCAUACACUGCUACGGUCGACCCCGCGGAAACGCACAUCAGCUUGUUCCUUGACUGGCUCGUCAGCCAGCUCAGCAAUCGGGCCUACCUCAACAAGAACCCGCCCGUGGUCAUAAACACAUGCAUUAGCUGUUUGGCUGCUUUACUGAAGGAGCGGGGCAUCCGACAGCUUUUCCUCCGGGCAGGCGGCUUGCAGGCCUUGCCGGCCGUUGUGCAGCGCGCGAAGGACUCGCCCACCAGCUCACAGUUGCUGUACGAGACGUGUUUGUGCGUCUGGCAGAUGACCUACCUGCGCGCCGCGGCAGAGGUCAUGUCCCAGGUGGGGCUUGUGAAGCUGCUAGUGGAGGUGUGUCGCGUCGCGCAGAAGGAGAAGGUUUUCCGUCUGGCGCUGGCGUCGCUCAGGAAUCUGCUGGCGUACGAGGAUCUGGGUCUGGCUAGCGACAUGGUGGAGGCCGGGCUGAACAAAGUUGUCAUCGUUCGGCAGCUUCAGUCGUGGGGUGACGACGACGUCGUCGAAAUGCUCGGCUUUGUUGAAGAGAAACUGAAGCAGGGUAUCAUUAUCCUGUCCAACUUUGAGAAGUACAAAAAGGAGGUGAUGAGCGGCCAGCUGGACUGGAGUCCCAUGCACUCCUCAGACCUGUUCUGGCGUGAAAACGUGGAGAAGUUUGAGGAGCGCGACUUCCAGGUGCUCCGGGUACUGCUAAAGAUUAUUGAGACGAACCGCGAUGUUAAGACGCUGGCCGUUGGCUGCCACGACCUGGGCCAGUUUAUUGUGAACCAUCCGCAGGGGCGGUAUAUUGUCAAUGAUCUGCGCGGAAAAGAGCUGGUCAUGCGCCUGCUCAGCCACAGCGACGCGGAGGUUCAAAAGCAAGCCCUGCUGUGCGUUCAGAAGCUGAUGCUGAGCAAGGACAAGCUUGACUUUCUAAAGGCGUGAUGGACCUUCUUGGCGUGGUUGGGAAAGUGACAGGAGCGCUGUGUGUUUUCUGGGGCCCGUCCUGUACAAGCAUGCAAUGGCUUUACUACAUGACCAUGGCGGCUGGACUUGUUGUUGUGUAGGGUGGCUGGCAACUGUUACAAGUAUAUCGUGAUGCGCGGGGGUGCCUUGAGCCGCAGUGGCUGCGAGACAAAGAACACGAACGAGCAAGUGUAAGGUUAUAUCUUUAA